CCAUCAUUCUUUCCAGCUCAUUUUGAACCCCCGAACCGCCUGUUUUUCUUUUUUCUUUUCUUUUCUUCCUCUCAUUUAUACAAAAGAAAUGGCCGGAACCAAGUUUCAAAUAUUCUUCUCUUUUGUCAUCUCAACUUGGUGACGACUGUUCAUCUCAACACAUUAUUCCUUAAUGGCUAAGCGUCUGUAUGAAGUUUGGAAGGGCAAAAAUAAAUUUAUUUUCAGGGGGAGGUUGAUAUUUGGUCCAGAUGCAAAGUCGCUGAUUAUUACCUUACUACUUAUCAUUGUUCCCGUUAUUAUCUUCUGUACAAAUGUUGCACGGAACCUUUUUGAUGAAACUUCAGGAAAUAUCGCUGGCUAUGCAAUUCUAAUGGUGACAGUAGUUUUCACAAUCUAUGUAUUACUACUGCUUCUUCUUACCUCUGCCAGAGACCCUGGAAUUGUUCCUCGCAAUUUACAUCCACCAACAGAAGAGAUAUGUUAUGAUUCCUCAGCUUCAAUUGAUGUUGGGAGACAAACACCAACCCCACGACUACCACCCACAAAAGAAGUUAUUGUCAAUGGUGUGCCUGUUAGGGUGAAGUAUUGUAUCACAUGCCAGUUGUAUCGUCCACCUCGUUGCUCACAUUGCUCUGUAUGUGAUAAUUGUGUGGAGCGAUUUGAUCACCAUUGUCCUUGGGUAGGCCAGUGCAUCGGAAUGCGCAACUACCGGUCAUUCUUUUUGUUCAUUUCGUCUUCAACCAUCCUCUGCAUCUUUAUCUUUGGAAUGUCUGCCUUGAACAUAAAAUUCCUUACGAAUGACUAUGGAACGGUCUGGAAGGCAAUAAAAGAGUCACCACUUUCGGUGGUACUAAUGGUUUAUUGCUUCAUUUUCCUUUGGUUUGUUGGAGGACUUACCUGCUUCCACUUAUAUCUUAUUGGCACAAACCAGACCACAUAUGAGACAUUUCGUUACCGAGGAGUAGAAAGGCCUCAAGUAUAUGACCGUGGCUGCUUGAACAACUUUCGAGAAGUAUUCUGCUCCAAGAUAAAGCCUUCAAGAAACAAUUUUCACGCUUAUGUACAAGAAAAUGAAAGAGGGUUUACCCGGGGCAUGAAUUCAGAAGGUUACAUAGGUAAUUUAGAUGGAAACCGAAGAGAAAAAGUAGAAGACGACCGAGAAAUCGGUGGCGACCUUCUCAAGAUAUCCCAACGCCGUGAAGCUGAAGAUGCUUAAGAGCAACCUCAACAAGCAGCAGCAGGCCUUUACCAAAUCUCUUCUAAGGCUAGCUGAGUUCCUUUGGGAUGAAAAAUACCUUAAAUGGGUAACUUUAUCUUUGCCUAGAAAUCUUGAGGGCAUGGAUAGCUAAAGAAUUUUGAAAGAAAGAAAGAAAGAAAGAAAGAAACAGCAGCAUAGACUAGCACUGAUUGUUUUAUCAGAGUCCAUAUUUGUUUAUAGACAGUGCAAAUCCAAUUUAGUUUUAUAAAUAUCCAUCACUGAGUUAUUCAA